AUGAAUCGCUGGGCUGUUCUGGGCUUGGCUGUCCUCUUCUGGAUGCAGGCAGCAGGAGCUGCAAAGCUGGGCAUCGUAAACACCGAAGGCGGGUUUGUGGAAGGUGUCAACAAAAAACUGGGCCUUUUCGGAGAUUAUAUGGAUGUCUUCAAAGGAAUCCCUUUUGCUGCCCCGACCAAGACCUUGGAAGACCCCCAGCCUCACCCCGGCUGGCCAGGCACACUUCAGGCUAAGGACUACCAGAAACGUUGCCUGCAAUCCACCCUCACCCAGACAGAUGUGCGUGGCUCUGAAGAUUGCCUGUAUCUAAACAUCUGGGUCCCUCAAGGGAAGAAACAGGUCUCCACCAACUUGCCAGUGAUGAUCUGGAUUUACGGAGGGGCCUUCAUCUGGGGAGGUGGACAGGGGGCCAACUUCCUGAACAAUUAUUUGUACGACGGGGAGGAAAUUGCCAGCCGCGGGAAAGUGAUUGUGGUGACUUUCAAUUACCGCCUCGGUCCGUUGGGCUUCCUAAGUACUGGAGACAAAGCUCUCCCAGGCAAUUAUGGCCUCAAAGAUCAACACAUGGCUAUCGCUUGGGUCAAGAGAAACAUCAAAAAUUUUGGGGGAGACCCUGACAACAUCACAAUCUUCGGGGAAUCUGCUGGCGCUGUCAGUGUCUCCUUACAGACCCUGUCACCGUACAACAAAGGUUUGAUCAAGCGGGCCAUCAGCCAGAGUGGAGUCGGUCUAUGCCCUUGGGCCAUCCAAAAAGACCCCCUUUUCUGGGCUAUCAAGAUUGCGCAGAAAGUGGGCUGCCCGACAGACAACACCACCGUGCUGGCCGACUGCCUCCGAAUUACUGAUCCAAAGACGCUGACCCUCGCUUAUCACCUGGACGUCAUCAACCUGCGCUAUCCCUUGGUCCAUUAUCUGGCCUUCACCCCGGUGGUGGAUGGAGACUUCAUCCCUGAUGACCCAAAGAACCUCUUUGCCAACGCGGCUGAUGUGGACUACCUCCUCGGAAUCAAUGAUAUGGACGGACAUUUCUUUGCCAGCAUCGAUCUACCGGCCAUCAACCGCCCCCUGGUGAAAAUCACCCCGGAAAACCUCUACCGGAUAAUUCAGGGACUGACGGUCGAGAAAGGCUCGACAGGAGCCAACGAGGCCUACGCCAUCUACACGCAGAUGUGGAGCAACACAGAGGACCAAGAAGUCAUGAAGAGGACGGUGGUGGACCUAGAGACGGACUACAUCUUCCUGGUUCCCACCCAGCGGGCGCUUCAGCUGCAUCAAGAAAACGCCAAAAGCGCCAAGACCUACAGCUACCUCUUUUCCGAGCCCUCACGAAUGCCUGUCUAUCCCAAAUGGGUAGGGGCUGAUCACGCAGAUGAGAUUCAGUACGUCUUCGGCAAGCCGUUUGCUACACCUUUGGGUUACUGGCCCCGGCACAGGGACCUCUCCAAAGCCAUGAUUGCUUAUUGGACCAACUUCGCCAGAACCGGUGACCCUAACAAAGGAGAGUCCAAUGUCCCCAUCGCCUGGGUGCCUUACGACAACGAAAACGGCUUUUACCUGGAAAUCAACCACAAAAUCAACUACCAGUCGGUGAAACAAGGCCUGAGGACCCUUUACGUCAACUUCUGGAACGUGGUUUACCGCAAUCUCCCCGAUGCCUGAAUCGCACCGAAGCAGGGAUAAUUUUUUUUAAAAAAAAACAACAACCAGAACCACGUCCUCUGCUCCAAUAAACAAAUCUCACUCUA